CAAUUUGCAUUUGUGUGAAAACUUAGCGAGCUGACACUUUCAGUGAAAGAAGAGUGAGAGUGGCAGGACUCAGGUGUCAGGAGAAUCAGAUGCCACUUCCGUUUUCUUGCAGAACGCACGGUCCUUGUGAAAGGUGCGCCUACAUUGAGAUAUGGUACUGAGAACAAGAGCGGGGGAGAUGAGAAGGGGCUGCUUUGUAGCUUAUUGGCUUCACUUCAAUUGUGCCAGAAGCGGACCUUGAUAGCUGUGCCACAAAAAGUGUACAUUAUUAUUGAGCUUCAUGCAUUGAUGGCUUGAGACGCCGCUUGACAGUACCUGCAUCUGACUAGUGCUAUUGAGUUGGGUGGCAGCCAACAAUGAAUGAUGCAACGCCGUUCAGCAUUCCGGUAGUGCCGGAAGCAGAGCCCGUGAAGUCGCGCUUCAAGGGCAUCUUUUACAUCCACAACAAAUGGCGCAUUCGUAUGAAACGCAGCUCGCACGAGCAGCUCGACAUUGUGGGGCCUGAGGUGGAGGAGGAGGCCGCCAAGCUGCGGGACAAGCUGGCCUACAAGGUGUGUGGCGACAAGGCGGACCUCAACUUUGAGCUGACGGAGGACGAGCGCGCCGAGCUGGACUCCAUUGACGAGGACGAGUUUGUGGCAGCCGUCAAAUGGGAGGCUACCAAGCGCUCCUUCCACCGGGGGUCCUCUCGCUACAAGGGGGUCACCUACCGGCCAGAGACGCGGAAGUGGCGAGCGCAGAUCAAUCGUGACGGCAAAGUCCUGAAGCUGGGGGAGUACCACACAGAGGCGGCGGCCGCGCUGGCGUACGACCGCGCCAUGGUGGAGCGCGACGGGCCAGACUCCCUGACCAACGCCAAGGUCUUUGGCCAGGCCCUGCUCGACGAGGCGGCGCUGGAGGGGCUGGCCGCCGCCAAGUACAGCCGCAGGGACCGUCGCAGCGCCCCACGAGAGCCACGGGACAAGCGGCGGCCCCGGCGCAGCAAGGCCCAGAUCGCGACGGUGUGCGCGCUGGAGGCCCCCCUGGAGGCGUCGCUGGGCUCGUUUGGCGUGGCCAGCCAUGAGGCGCUGUACGAGGUGGCGCCGGCGGGGGUGCCCACGACGCUGGAGGCGCUGCUGGACAGCAGCAGCGAGCGGCGCAACCAGCUGUGGGGGCAGAUGCAGAAGCUGGGGGCGGGCCUCGCCGACCCCACCACGCGCCGAGCAGAGGAGGUGCGGCUGCAGCUGGCGGGCAGCCUCGCGCAAGAAGCGUUCCUGCAGCUGCGGCUGGCGCAGCUCAAGGGGAGACAGCCGCAGUUCGCGGUCACCGAGGAGGAGCCGUUCAUCAAGGAAGCCAAGCGGAAACGGGGUCGUCGGGGUGUGAUAGACGCAGGGAUAGAAGAGGGCUAUCCGGGCUUGAAGCUAGACCAAUCGCACACAGUUUACCAGGCAGUCGAGCAUCAUCCGCCACCCAUGAUGAUGCACUAUGACCCGCAGCAACAACACCAGAUGAUGCUUCUGCACCAUGGGACACACUUUGGGGUCAUGCCGCACCUGCCGCAGGGUCUGCACCAUCCGCAACUUUGAGCCGCUGGCAACUGGCAAGCAGUGUUGUUAUAGAGAAGUCAAAGAACAUUGAAAGGUAUUUUUGAGGUCCAUCAGAGUCACGCGAGGCAGAGCCGCUGUUUGUAUGAAGCAUAAAUCAACCUGUAGAAUUGACCGGACUGCCUAGGCAUGUGAAACGUGUAGUAGCUUCGGCAUAGGUGGUGUAAAUAUGUACUAGCCUAGCCUAGUGACUCCGAUAUACAAGAUUCAGCACGGCAAAACUGAAAGCUAACCUUAGAUCUUGAGUUGGAGAUUCACGCUUACGAAGUCUUCUAGGAAGGCUCCGAUGGAGCCCUGGCCCUCGCAGUCAUAUGUGGUACUGAGAUGGCCUCCGGGCUUGGCAUGCAGACGACUGGAUAAUUGCAUUUAGGGGGCAAAGAAUGUUCUUACUAAGGC